GGGUGGUUAAGGGGUUAUGAAAAGUACAUCCAACCUGAGAAUCAAUCAGCUGUGCGUUUGGUUUGUAGGUUAGAAAGACGUUGAAAGCAGAGGGAAAUUGAGCGCAGGAAGCAACCAAGCCAAGCCAAGCUGUGCGUUUGGUUUGGUUUGGUUUGGAUUUCUUAUUAAUUGUUAGAUCAGGGAAGGAAGGAAGGCAAUCCCUUCUGGAUCUAGACGAGCAUGACCGUGACACACAGUAGAGGUCACUGGCGCCCUGCGGAAGACCACAAGCUGCAGGAGCUGGUGGAGCGACAUGGCCCUCAUAACUGGAACGCCAUUGCUCAAAGCCUUCAAGGAAGAUCCGGAAAGAGCUGCCGUUUGAGAUGGUUUAAUCAGUUGGAUCCUCGCAUAAACAGAGACCCCUUCACCCAAGAGGAAGACCAGAGGCUGUUGGCGGCGCAUACCAUUCAUGGCAACAGAUGGGCCAUCAUCUCUAGGCUUUUCCCUGGGCGCACUGACAAUGCGGUCAAGAAUCAUUGGCACGUCAUCCGGGCUCGAACGUCCAGACGGGCCUCCAAACACCGCGUCAAGACUAGGUUAGGAAUAAUCGAUAUUCACAAUGAUAGCCAUCAAGGUGUGGAUUUUUACAACUUUCUCCACUUGAAUACAGAAUCUAUUAAUGGAAGUGAAGUGACAGACCACUCGAGAAAAGAUCGAAAAGAUGAUGAAGAAGUUAAUCAAAAAGCUGCCACAACCGCCUACACCAGCCAUGACGUUGUUGUUCGAGGAACCCACAAGGAUGAGGAGAAGGUAGUUCCAUUCAUUGAUUUCUUAGCUGCCCAAACCUCUAUCUCCUAACUAAGCUUCUUCAACAUGUUUCUUAAAUUACUUAGUUAUACCAUUUAUUGCUUAUUUCGAAGGAAUGUCAAUAAUGGAUGAUAUAUUUUGUGAA